AUGGACCUCAACGUCCCAGCCCAGCUCUCUCACAGCCUCCCUCCCUUCUCCCCCAUCCUCCCCAGCAUCGAGCAGGACGAACAACCCACCACCACCGAGCCAUUCCCCGACUACUUCGCCUCCUGCGAACAAGCCGACUCGCGAGCCGACACGGCCCAGGAGGAAGCCUACAAGUACGCGCUGUCGAAAGUGGUGGAGGCCGGCGCGCAGGCCAAGAGACUCGACGCGAUGCUCAUGUCCACGAUGCUGUUCACCCCGGAAUGGACAUUGCCUGACCCGACCACAGCCUUCAGCAACACACCUCCAACAAGCACCAGCAGCAGCAGCAACAACAGACUCACCCCACCCACCACGCCCACCAACCCAUCACUCACCGAAACCACCCCCAAGCUAGCAAGCUACCCAGCCUGGGCCCUGCACCCAGACCUCGAAGCCACCACGGAGAACAAGAAAAACAUCCUCGAAGAGAUGCGCAUCCUAACCAACAGCCCGAGCCUCAGCCUCGCGCUGCGCACCCGCUUCAUCACGAUCUGCAACACCAUCCUGAGCGUGCACACGCUGCUCUUCCGGCGCGUGCCCAUCCCCGGCCGCCACCACCCGCUGGACUCGUUGACGCAGCCCCAGCUCCACCGCGCGCACCACCUCGCCAACACGCUGGUCACCGACCUCGCCGCCCUGCACCACCUAUUGUAUGGCCAGUACGAGCACUGCCGCAGCGCGCAGCAGACGAUCGCGCAUAUCGCCGCCGACACGGCCAACAAGAACCCGUUCACGCGCUUCAAGGAGAUGGCGAGUAUUCUGAUCAACACCCUCCCUACCCCCCACCCAACCGAACAACGCCUCCUCCUCAUCACCCUCGACCUGUACGACGCCUACCUCUACACAGACUACCACCGCCUCCGCCAGUGGCCGCAGAUGCUGGCCGAGGGCCGCGACCCGCUGCGCCUGCGCCUGACCAACGCCUUCUUCCGGGCCUGGGAUCUGCUGACCCGCGCCCUCGAGUGCUACCAGGCCGUCGCGGCGAUCCACGCCCGCAUCACCGCCCACUACCUGCGGCCCGCCGGCGCGCUGCUCGGCCGCGAGGUCGGGGCCCGCGUGCUCUUCGAUCUCAGGGUGCGGGCCGCCGUGGCGCGGCGUCGCGAGCGCAUGGUGCGGAAUGAUCGGGUUUAUCAGCAGGAUUUGUGGGAGGUGUAUCGGCGGGAGGUGGCGGAAGAGGGUGGGAAGGUCUCCACGGAGA